AUUUGGAUUUUUCCCAACAAAUCCCACAGCCAGAGCCACCAUGAGUUUCCAUUUCUCAGAUUUUUGUCAUUAUUUUUUUUCACAACAAAGCGAGUGGAGGGCGUGUCUUCAGACGCGGCCACGCUCCCUCCCCGCCGCUCGUGGAGGUGCUGGGCGGGGCCUCCCCUUAUCCUCCAAUCAACGACGGGGAUGGGCGGGCCCUCGCUCAGCCUCCGCCAACGAGCGGCGGCGGGGGUGUGGCGCGCGUGGGGUCUGGCGGAGCGGCGCUCGGGGCGGGCAGAGGCCGCUGCUUCCCCCCCGCCGCCGGUCGCGGCCCGUCCCGGCCCCGCCAUGGCCGCCCCCCCCCGCCUCGGCAUCCAGAUGCUGCUGGAGGCCGCCGAGUUCCUGGAGCGGCGGGAGCGAGAAGCCGAGCACGGUUAUGCCUCGCUGUGGCCCGGCGGGAAGGACGGGGAGGCCCCGCGGCGCCGCGCCAAGGCCCGGAGGAGCGGCGGCGGCGGCAGGUGUGUGACACGCCCAGGAGCUCCUGUCCCCAGGCGUCCCGAUUCGGGGAGGCCCUGCUGUCACAGGGCCUGUGAUUGGGCCGGGGUGACUCUCCGCUUCCCGGGCUCUGGCAGAGUCCCCCCCACCGUCUCUGGGGGUGUCACAAGGCCGGAGGCACCCUCCUAUCUCCAGGUGUUUUGUGAACAGGGAGGUCUUCGUGUCACUGGGUGUGUGACAGCACUGGAGGACCCUCCUGUCAUCAGGUCAACACACAAUGAAAUGGAAAAGAACAGGCGCGCCCAGCUCCGGCUGUGCCUAGAGAGGCUGAAGGGGCUGGUGCCACUGGGGGCUGCGGCCGGGCGACACACGACACUCAGCCUCCUCACCAGGGCCAGGCUUCACAUCCAGAAGCUGGAGGACCAGGAGCGCCGGGCCCUGCACCAGAUUGAGCAGCUGCAGCGGGAGCAGCGGCACCUCCAGAGGCAGCUGGAAAAGCUGGGAAUGGAGCGGGUCAGGAUAGACAGCAUCGGCUCCAGCCUUUUGUCCGAGCACUCCGACUCGGAUCAAGGUGAGAGCCCACACUGCGGGAUGGCUGGCAAGAGGCCUGACCAUGCUGGAACUCCAACCGUUCCCAUUCCUCCGGCAGAAGAGAUGGAUGUGGACGUGGAGAGCACAUACGACCUCCCGGCCGACCUGGACUGGAGCAGCAGCAGCCCCAGCGACUCAGAUGAGCGUGGGAGCCUCCAGAGCCUGGGCAGCGACGAGGGAUAUUCCAGCUCCGGCGGGACCAGGGCAAAGCUGGCGAGCAGCCGGAAGCUUCCUGUCGGGAUUUAGGAAGUGCUUCCCAUCGCCGUGGCACCGCCGCUGUCCGCUUGUGCUACCAUUAGCCAGCACACCGACCCUGCCAGCAUUCCCUGCACGGAAACACCCGAAUGUCCCGCCGCUCCAGCUGCUCCCGGGGCUCUGUUUGCAUUGCCGGCCUCUCACCCCAGCCAAACCUCCUCUGCCAGGCCCUACAUUCCAGCCACGCCUGAAGCACCUGGGAAUAUCCUGGCAAUAACAGUGACCUCGAGAGCCUUCCCUGGGUUCUUUCCCAGGCUGUCACUGCCUGGUAUUCCCAAUCUUCUCUACUUUUGGGUGGCAACAUCACGUUCUGAUCCUCAGGACCCAAAAAUCUGAGUUUUUGGGAGGAGAUCCAAAGAGAGAGCCAAUCCUUUUUGGAGUUUCCAUCCAUGACAGAGCGGAGCCAGGCUGGGAACACGGAACAUUUCGGGCACAGGGAUCAGCCUCAGUCGGGGGUUCCUUCCCCCAACUCUUAAAUAUUCAGGGACACCCCAUCCCAGCCCUCCCAGAGCAUUCCUGGCAUGGGGAACAGCGCUCCGGGGGCUCAGAGCCAUCCUCACCCCUUGUACUGGCCACCUCCAGGUUCCCUAAAUCCAAAUGGGACGUCCCACCCUGCAUGGCAUUCCAGACUCCUGGAAUUCCCUUUCCACGCUUCUAAUCUUGGGGACAAUUUUUUCUACCUCGGAGGGAGCCCACAGACUCUCCACCCCUUUAGCACAAAGAUGAUGCCUCUGCUCAGCAAUAAACCGCACGGGACUCCCCAGCUGGUGUCCAUCCAUCCAGGAUGCUUCCAGGCUCAUGGAGGAUUCCAGAAGCCACCACAGGGAGGGCAGCCCUAGGGGGGUAGGGAGCCAGAGCACACAUGAGCUGUCCAUGAUGUUGAUUUGUUUCCCAGUGCACUGGAGGGAGCAUUCCCAUCAGUUCCUGCUUUUAGAGAUGCUCUGGGAGGGCUGACAUGUAGAGAGCUCUGGUUCCAACACCUUCCUUUUCCCUUCGAGCUGGUCCAAGGGCUUUUCCAGCCCCAUGGAGCCGGCCAGGCCCGGGUGAGGAGUAGGCAAGGAGCUCUCCAGGGCUGUUCCCGACUGGGAUACAAACCUUUACCCUCUGCUGGUCCCUUUCGGGAAACGCAGGUGCUGAAAGGCAUGCUCCAUGGAGUGCAAGGGGAUGAGCAGCAGGAGAUUGCAGUGCUUUUUCCUUUUUCCUUUCCUUUGUCCUUUCCCCUUUUCCUACCUUUUUUCUUGCCCCUUUUUUCCUUUUCUUCUUUUCCCUUCUUUUCCUUUUCAAUUUCCUUUUCCUUUUACUCCUUUCCUCUUCUCCUUUUCUUGUUUCCCUUUUCUCCUUUCCCCUUUCUCUUCCUUUCCUGCUUUUCCUUGCCUUCUUUUCUCUUUCCCUUCCCCCCUUUCUUGUUUUCCCCUUUUCCUUUCCUUUUCAACACCCCAAUCCUAUUUCUGGCUUACCUGGGGAAGUGGGAAACCACCCACAAGUCCCACAAGUUGCCCAAAUCCCCCCAGUUCUGGCUCUUUUUCCAUGUGUUGGCUCCUAAGAGAAGGAAAAAAAAAAAAACACAAAGAAUUUUCCUUUAAAGCUGGAAUUUUCCACCUUCUGGCAUUGCUGUACACCAUGGCACCUGAGCUCAACCCCCUGCACCAUCAAAGAGGGGAAAAAAAAGCAAAAAUAUGGUAAAUGCCAAGAAAAAGAGGAAUGUCAGCCCUUGGGGACUGGUGGCUCAGGUGGCUUUUGCCUUCACCUGGGGAAUCCCAGCGAAACCCUCUGGGCAGGUGAUUCCCGGCAUUGGGAGGGCCCUUCCAGAGGUACAAAAUGUAUAUUUUUGGUUCGUUUUGGACUUCUGAAGGUUUGGCCUCAGUAUAAAUGAGGGGUUUUGGCAGGUUUGUGCCUUUUUCAGUUCCCAAUGCCUUUUUUUUUCCUUUUUUUUUUUCCUUCCUAUCCCAGACUGACCCUUCCUGGCCCUUUGCACUCUUGGGCUGUGCUCCAGGAGCCCCAAAACACUGCACUAACCCGGAAUCUUCGGGUCCCCAAUGGUGGUGCCAGCCUUUUCCUGGAAUUCACUGAUCCACCAGCAUUCCUAUGAAAUAAGCUGCAGGAAGGACUUUUUUUAUAGAUUGUGACAAAAAUCCAGGGAGUGGGGGGAAUCGGAUUGGGGGACGAAUGGGUGGGAAUCCAAAACACCCAUUUGGGGGCUGUUUUUCCUUUCUUUUUACUUAUGGAAGGCAGAUCCCGAACCACCAGCUCCCGGGUAGCACCAAAAUGUUUGUUUCAUCUUUAAUUUUUCCAGUGGAGCCAUCACAUCUCCACUCAACCUUUCCUUUAUUAUUCUCUGGGACACCUCCUAUUUGUGCUUUUUCAUCAUUUUUUCUGUUCUUUCUACUUCCCAAGAAGUGGAUCUACCCCAGUCUUGGCUCCAUUGGGCAGUUGGGAGAGGACACGGAUCCCAUUUGCAGCCGUUCCUGCUGUAAAUAUCCCAUUGUUGGGCUGAACCCCGUGUCAAGCCAAUAGAAUGGUGCUUUUUUUUCUUUUUUUUUUUUUCAAGGAAUUCCGUGUUUUAGAUCUUUGCUGUGUCCAUGGAUAUUUCUGUCUUGUUUGAUUGUUAGGAAAUAAAUUAUUUAAUACGAAA